AUGCAAACUGUCUGCGUGUUCGUCAUUCUCCUCUCUACCAUCGUCUAUCAAGUCGAUGCCGGGUCUGCUCUGAUAAUUGCUGAGAAGAUGCUCGGCACUGAUGAUGGUUAUUGUCAACGUGCUUGUGAAGAACGUCCUGGUUGUAUCUUCAGCUACUGUGGAGAUGACAAUAAGUGUCACAGCGUUGGUACAGCGGACAACAGCGAGGUUGUCUCUUGUGGUGCCACGUCUACUUCUUUCGACUCCUGCACUUCUGCCUGUGAAUCAGUUCCCGACUGUGCUGCUAGCAGUUGGAAGUCAUUUUGCAAGUCCUGGCUCGAUAUCCCCGUUUGUUUCGGUCUGGUACAGAAUUCCAACGGUGUAUGCUAUGAGGCUACGCCCGGUUGCACUGGCACUGCCUACGUGUGUCCUUGA